UGGCAUGGUUGAUUGUGUUGCGCGGUAUUGCGUGAUCCGUAAAUGAUUAUUGUUUAAUAUGGCUAAAGGUGAUAAAGACUUAGAAAAACCAAUUGUGAACAAUGAAUUACCGAACCCCGAGUGCCGUAGCACCGACAACGAAGACUCGGAGUCUACGCAGGAGCAACCUUUGGAUAUCGGAGAGCAUUAUUUAGUGCGGCGUUCAGAUGAGUCAUGGCACCCGGCUGAGAUAAUACAAACGCGGUACAACGCCGCGGAAUCGUGUUAUGAAUACUAUGUGCACUAUGUCGGUUAUGAUCGAAGAUUGGACGAAUGGGUUUCGCGCCACCGGGUGAUGUCCGAUAGGUUUGAUGUGUGCGAAAAUUCCAAUAACAACAUAAACUCUGACCACCUGCUCACAGACAAGUCCGGCCGCAAAAUAACGCGCAAUCAAAAACGUAAACAUGACGAGAUCAAUCAUGUACAGAAGUCGUACGCGGAAAUGGACCCUACGACAGCGGCCUUGGAAAAAGAACACGAAGCAAUCACUAAAGUCAAAUACAUCGACAGAAUACAGAUCGGUAAAUACGAAAUAGACACUUGGUAUUUCAGUCCUUACCCUGACGAGUAUGGUAAACAGUCAAAAUUGUGGAUUUGUGAAUAUUGCCUCAAAUAUAUGAGAAUGGAGAAGACCUACAGGUAUCAUUUGAGUGAGUGUACUGCUCGCCAACCACAAGGCAGCGAAAUAUAUCGUAAAGGUACAAUAGCUAUUUUUGAGGCAGAUGGUAAGGAGCAUAAGAUAUAUUGCCAAAACCUAUGUCUAUUAGCAAAGUUAUUUUUAGACCAUAAAACACUGUAUUUUGAUAUAGAGCAAUUUCUUUUUUAUAUUUUAUGCGAAGUUGACAAGCAUGGAGCGCAUCUUGUUGGCUACUUCUCAAAGGAAAAGGAUUCUCCCGAAGGCAACAACGUUGCUUGUAUACUAACUCUGCCUCCAUACCAGAGACAAGGUUAUGGUAAACUGCUUAUUGCAUUUAGCUAUGAACUCUCUAGACUUGAACAAGUUGUUGGUAGCCCUGAGAAGCCGCUGUCUGACUUAGGUAAACUAAGUUAUAGAUCAUACUGGUCCUAUGUUCUAUUGGAAGUAUUAAGUGCUAGUCGUGGUACUUUAAGUAUUAAGGAUUUGAGUCAGAUGACUGGAAUAUCUCAGACGGAUAUCAUAUCUACUUUACAAUCAAUGAAUAUGGUGAAAUAUUGGAAGGGGCAGCAUGUUAUCUGUGUUACACCCAAAAUUGUGGCUGAACAGCUGGCCAGUUCACAUUUUAAGAAGCCCAGACUUUGCAUAGAUCCUUCCGCAUUAAGAUGGACUCCGCCGAAUAAGCAAGGGAACUCUGCAAAGGCUAAGAAGUAGUAUAGGCUUACAGGCAGGGCUUAGAGAGUGUGAGAGGACAUUCAAAUGAUUUCUCUAGGUUUCAAGCCUGUUACAAAUUGUACAAACAAUUUAUUGUAUAAUAAUUUAAAUGUGGUAUUGUGACUUCUUUACUUAUGUCUGAAUAAAAGUAUAUCGGUAACCUUGGGACAAGAUUUGCUUGCUCACAAUUGAGUUGUCCUUGCAUAUCAAACUCUGUAUUGUCAAAGUAAAAUUGACUUAAUGUCACUUGUUUAAGAGAUUGAAAUCCUGUACUUCUAGAUUUUGUUAUACAAAUAUUCUGUCGAACGCCCAAGGUAAAGAAUAGCAGGCAAAACAAAGGACUUCUUGAUUGCGAUCAAGCAAAUCUUGUACUAAUGCUACAGGAGUCUUAUACUUUGAGCACAGGUUGAUAAGUUGUGUCAUAGUGCAUUGAAAAAAAUCUUUACUUUGCUUACGUACAAUAUAAUUGCAACAACACACAUUGGCAAUGCUAUUAUAUAUUAUAUAUCCUAUUCCAAUUACUAAAAUUGAAAUUCCAAUUGAAAAUUGUUUUUUCAAUUUGAAUCUUUCUGUUAUUUCACCUACCCAGGUCCAAAUCUUCUGACGUGCAAUUUCUAUGGUAUUGCUACAACUAAAAAAUAGCUGAAUUGAUUUUGAUAAUUACUUUUUUGGUUUUGGUUUCCUCAACAACUUCUGAAUUGCUCAUUUCAAAUGCAAAUACAUGGUAUGAAGUUUGUGAGGUCCUCAUUUUAGGUUUAACCUGCUCGUCAGAAAUAAAUCGGCAAAAUAUUUUUUUCUAAAACCCAGAACAUAAUGUGCCGGAUGUAAUAAAAAUUCCUAUAUAAAAAUGUACAAAAAUAUUUUUGUGAUACAAUGCACUAACAACUCAUCACUGUGUUCAAAAAAAAUUGCAACUGUAAUUAAUCUUAAUUAAUGGCAUUUGUUGAUGUUGAGAAGUAAAUUAAGUCCCAUUGUACAGAUUCCAGUAGAGAGACAUUACCAGGUAAGAGCAAAUGAAAAAAAAAAGUAAACAGAUUUAUUAUUAGUAAGUAAAUAGUAAUUAAUAUGUAGGAAAAAAAACAUAAGUGUUAAUGUAAAAAAACAUAAUUCAAUUCCUUACAUAUAUAGUAUUAUUGUUUGCAAUUUUAACAAAAUUAUAUUCCUAUUGUAAGAUAUCUUUUUUAGUGAAAUAAUUUCUACUGCAAUGGCAAAUCUUUUGAUGGUAGCUACUAAACUAGCAAACGGUUGUAGCCUUUUUCCAGACCUUAGCCAAUUUCAAAUUGAAAUAAAUUCCAGAUAUUGGUUGCUGGGAAUUAAACUUGGGACCUCCCGCAGAAAAACCUAAAGCAAUUCCUCAAGAGGUCAUCAAAAAGUUAAAUUCGAAAUUUAUUACAUCCAUCUUUAUAUUUAUUGUAAAUACCUAUUUCUCUUGUAUGAUUUUUCUUUUGACAGAUUGUUUAAAAAUUUGUUGUUAUUUUUAAGUUUUUUUGUAGAUCUGUUUAAUUAAACUUUUAUUCAGUUACUCACUGAGUUCCUUUACUGGCAAGUGAUAUUAUUUAUAAGUUUUUAAUUAGGAUUCCGUUUUUAGGUCUUUCAUAAUUGUUUUGUAUAAUAUCUUAGAUAUUAAGUCUAAUUUUGUAAAUAAUGUCUUAGAGCCUUUUCACACGACGAAAAGUGAAGCUGCUGUAUCCGACCGAAAUGUAAUAGUUUGCGUGGCCGAAACCGAAUUUCGGCAUUGGUCUCAGUUUCGCCAGAAAUUGAAGUUCCGAUUCCAUAAUUAUUUAAAACAUCAUAUAAUUAAUAUAAACCGUUAUUAUUUAUUAUAUAUCUUUAUUUUUGUAAAUAUGACAUCAAUAGCGAAAUUAAACUUACCUGAUUCAAAAUAAUAGCUUUUGGGUAAUAAAUUAUUAACAGUUGCAUCUGAAAAAGUCGUGUGAAAAAGCAAUGAAUAGAAAUGUUGACUGUUUUUGUGUAAUUUGGUAAUGCAUGUAAAAAAUAUUAAAUAUUUAGUGCAUUAGGCACCCUUAUAUUAUAUUUAAUAAUUGAGUGGUUAAUUACCACUGCAAAAAAAAAUAUAAUAUCACCCAUUUGUUUUGUAGAAUAUAAUUUUGGAUUUACAAUAUUAAAUCAUAAAAAGAGCGCCAUCUAGUGACGAUACUGUAUCCCAUGUAACAUAGGUGUUUCGAUGCAACAGAUCGUAGUUAACUUUUAGGCGAUCGAUUAGGGUAGAAAAUUUCAUAUUGAGCACUGCGUGGGUACGUCUUAGAUGAAUCGAUAAUUUGAGUUUGGAACGCGUUUUGGGUGAUUUCCCGUCGUACGUUGUAAAAUUAAAUCCGUUUUAUUUGUGCAGUUCCAAUCAAUCCAGCUUUUAAAAUGAAUAUCUUUAAUAUUUUUAACGGUUAUUUAAAUUUUUUUGUUACGAAUAUUUGUCUUCAUGUGUGGGUUAGAAAUAAUAAGUCUGCUAGAAACUUGACCAAAAAAUACACGGGCAUAAAUAAAUAUUUCACUUCUAAAUUAUAUUCUACUCAGUCAAAUUUCGUAGUUUUUGUAAUGGUGUGUGCUGAUCGCAUGUUACUAUUUUAGCCGAGUAGUUACGGAGUUUUUAAAUUUUACAUCAAUGCGCCCAUGUCCUUGGCAUAACGUAGGUACUUGUAAUGUCAUGAAAAUUGACGUCUAAGAUCUCUUGGGCUUUUGACUUUGCUCAGUCAAAGUUAGUUUUAGUCAGAUACAAUGUUUCGUUAUUUCUUGAGUCUAAGCAAAUUCAAAUUAAAGUCCAAAGAUUCUAGGUAGGUAACGUACGAUCAGUAUUAAUUUAACAAUUUGCCACACGCGUGCCAGAUUGAGUUUAGAGAAGCGAAAGGAUCUUCCUUGUCAUUAGAUUCUGUGAAUCAUCAGUUUCACUGUUUAUUUGUGAUAAUUCACUAGUUAAGUAAGGAAAAGUGUCGUUCAGAAAUAAAUCUGGAAAAUGAAAACAA